AUGAAAUUUGUAUCGAUUGCUGUAUUACAGCUACUGUCGACUGCAGUCAUUGCUCAUCCAUCUAUUGGUGGGCAAUCCGUCGAGCUUGAAAAGCGAGGAUUAGACGAUUAUCUGAAGCAAUUGCAACAACAACAACAACAACAAAGAUCCCGUGGCAGAGGAUCUCAUUUUCCAACUGGAAAUGGCGUGCAAAAUCCCGGUACAAGUUCAACUGGUCCUGGAUCAUAUGGUAGACAACCUCCUCAGCAACCUCCUCAACAGCGAUUCGAUCCCAAUUUAUAUCUGCAACCUGGACAGCAAUCUGGCUCUCAUCAACAGCGAUACGGUUCAUAUCCUCGACAGCAGCCCGGCUUUCAUCGUCAACCAUCUAAUCAACAGCAGCCCGGGUUUCAUCCUCGACAACCUCCUCCUCAACAACAAUCUGGUUUUCAUCCUCGACAACCUCCUCAACAACAACAAUCCGGGUUUCAUCGUCAGCAACCUCCUCCUCAACAACAAUCUGGUUUUCAUCCUCGACAACCUCCUCAACAACAACAAUCCGGGUUUCAUCGUCAACCUCCUCAACAACAAUCCGGCCUUUAUUCCCAUCGACAACCUUAUCAACCACCUCAUCAACAGCAAUUUGGCUUAAAUCAUGAUGGCUCUAAAGUCAAAACUACACCUAGCGUUCAACACAGACCCUCUUCAAGUGGCCAGUCAGGAUCAACCUAUAUGGGUAGUAAUUCUGGUGCUGGUGUUGAAUAUUUAGGGAGCUAUAUGAAAAUUCCAGGAUGGGGAACUAUGACACUAGUACAACAGCUGAUGGAAAUCGAAAGUCGUAUGAGAGAGGUUGGUCUCCCUGUUCCAGCCACACUUGGAUUUGGAUAUCCGUUUACUAUAGAUCCAGAAUUGAUGGAAGAUCUCUUGAUGGUAGUUUGGAAAGGAGAUGAGAUACCUGAUGAUUAUAGGCCAUUGCUACCUGAACUACUACUGGGAUCAACGUGGGAGAUGCUCAAAUUAAUGUUCGAGCCCACUGGCCCAAGUCCAGCACGAGUUCUAGUACAGCAUGAGCGAGGAUUGAAACCAUGCAUGAAAUCAAAAAAAUGCAAGUAUCCACUUCGGAAACAUAAAAAAACAAACUUUGGGGGCCUAGAUCUUAGGGAGUUUGACGAAGAUGAUCCACCUGACGAAAGUCUUGGGGAUGAUACUUUUAAAAUUCCGGAAGACGGAGAAACGAUUGAGGAUGCCAAACAACAGCGUGAUGAGGAACUCGAACAAGAACAAAAACGCCAGGAGGAAAAGCAACGUCAGGAGGAAAGGCGACUCCAGGAGGAAAAACGACGCCAGGAAGAAAAACGACGUCAGGAAGAAAGACGACUCCAAGACGAAAAACGACGUCAGGAGGAACUCGAAAGACUAGAAAAACGACUCCAGGAGGAAAAACAACGUCAGGACGAAAGACGACUCCAAGAUGAAAAACGACGUCAACAGGAACUCGAAGAACUUCAAAAACAGCGUCAACGGGAGCUUAAAGAACUUGAAAAACAGCGCCAACAGGAACUCGAAGAACUUGAAAAACAACGUCAGGAAGAAAAACGACUCCAAGACGAAAAACGACGUCAGGACGAAAAACGACGUCAGGAGGAAAAACGACUCCAAGACGAAAAACGACGUCAACAGGAACUCGAAGAACUUGAAAAACAGCGCCAACAGGAACUCGAAAAACUUGAAAAACAGCGCCAACAGGAACUCGAAAAACUUGAAAAACAGCGCCAACAGGAACUCGAAAAACUUGAAAAACAGCGCCAACAGGAACUCGAAAAACUUCAAAAACAGCGCCAACAGGAACUCGAAGAACUUGAAAGGAAGCGCCAACAGGACUUUGAGGAAGACCUUAAAAGACAACGUGCUCAGAAAUUCCAAGAAAGACUUGACAAAGAACGUCAACAGGAACUCGAAGAACUUGAAAAGCAGCGCCAAGAAAAGGAGGAUCAAAAGGAGUCUGAGUCAAAGAGUAGUGGCUGGUUUGAAAAUCUGAAAUUAAAGCUCAAAAAGCAGAAAGCAGAUACCGAAGAUACCAAGGAAAGUCAUACUCCACAGAAUGAUACGCCUGAAUCUUCAAGCAAGCCUUCUGAUGAAAACACUAAAUCACAAAGUCCAAAAUCAACUAAGCGACCAUCAAAGUGGACAUUGAAACUCAAUAUGCCUAACCCUAACCCUGAUGACGCUCAAGAUAAGCAUAAACCUAAGGAGGAGCCUAAAGAGGAGCUUAAACAAAGUCCCGAGCUAAAGAGUAAUGGCUGGUUUGAAAAUCUGAAAUUAAAGCUCAGAAAGCAGAAAACAGAUACCGAAGAUACCAAGGAAAGUCAUACUUCACAGAAUGAUGCGCCUAAAUCUCCAAGCAAACCUUCUGAUGAAAACACUAAAUCACAAGGUCCAAAGUUUUUUAAAAUUAAAAUGGUCACCAAGACGCCCAAGGCAACCAAGACAGCCGAGGUUACUCCAACUCCCGUCCAGUCAAAAUCUGCGACUAUCCUUCAAGCACCACCCAGUCGUAUAACAGUAGGUCCAUCUCGGUUCCAGAUAGAUCGCUUUUGA